UGCCCCGCAUAAACAUGGCGGCGCUCGCCCUUCUCUAGGCCUGAGUGGGGCAUCGGGUCUAUCUGACUGGGUAGAACGUACCCGGUGUUGCACCAGCCUCCCUUUCCGUUGCUCAGGAGUCAGCUUCAUCCGAGGAGGCGACAACUGAGAGACAGGUCCUGUUCUUGCAGAGGAGGUGCUGCCAGAGGCGUAAUCCCAGACCCGAGCGGCCGGGGCUGAGCUGGGGACCCGGGACGGUGGAUUGAGAGAUCUGGCCCAGGGGUUGCUGAUUUAACCUUGUUUACUUUCUGCUGGGGAGAAACGUUACGUUUAACAUUGAAACAUGCAGCAUCCUAAACAAGUUCGAAUUCUUCACUUAAAUCGCUUCGACAAGCUCGAAAGAACGCUUUUUCGUCUCAAACAAGGGUAUGAACUGCAGUUUCGGCUUGGACCAUCUUUACAAGGGGAAGAUAUCCACGUGCACACAAGCUAUCCAGUCGACAGAGGAACCUUUGACCGCCAUCGAUUUCAUUUACUUGAGUGGCACAAUACAACAGGAGGAGAUGACUCUGAUAAAUUCUGUGCAAUCAACCUUCAGAUUUCUGGAUCAUUUCAGUUUUAUUUUACCUAUGGAAACAAACAAAAAGGUGGUUCGGGCUUUAUAGUUGUUGAUCCUGUACUACGAGUUGGAUAUAACAAUGAAGUUCUACCUCUGGACUGCAUAUGUGCUCAGACUUACUUGUCCAAAUGUUUGGGACCAUUCGACGAAUGGGAGGAUAGGCUAAAAGUUGCCAAAUAUUCAGGUUAUAAUAUGAUCCAUUUUACCCCGACACAAACUCUUGGAUUAUCCAGAUCAUGCUAUUCCUUGGCUGACCAGUUGGAAUUCAACCCUGAAUUUUCUCGUCCUAAUAAAACUUACAAUUGGACCGAUGUCGCAAGGCUGGUCGAUAAGUUAAAGAAUGAAUGGAAUGUACUCUGCAUAACAGAUGUCGUCUACAAUCACACAGCUGCCAAUAGUAUUUGGCUGAAGAAGCACCCAGAAUGUUCAUACAACAUUUUGAAUUCCCCCCAUUUAAAACCAGCUUGGCUUUUAGACCGAGCAUUGUGGCAUUUCUCUGUUGAUGUGUCUGAAGGAAAAUAUAAGAAUAGAGGACUUCCUGCUCUUAUUGAAAGUGGAGACCACCUUAAUUGUGUUCGUCAAAUCAUGUGGGAAGAAAUCUAUCCUAAACUACGGUUAUGGGAAUUCUUUCAAGUGAAUGUUAAAAAAGUUGUUGCUGACUUCCGCAAUGCACUCGUGCACGGUACAGCGGAGGACCAAUUAGCAUGUGAGAAGACAAACUGUGACACUAAACAGCCACUUAAGGUUAUUCAGGACCCUGAAUUUAAAAGAUUUGGCUGCAGUGUUAAUAUGAGCUUAUUACUGAAAAUGUUUGUACCUCAUGGCAAUAGUCCUAAUGAGAUAGAUGAAUGCUGUGGUUGGGUCUUUAGAAGAAUGGAAGAGUUAAAUAUGGAACAUUAUCAAGAAAUACAUCAUCAUCAAGAACAGGCUGUUAACUGUACAUUGGGGACUAUAAACUAUGAACGCUUAUCAGACCAUGGCCCCAAGCUUGGACCCAUUACAGCAAAAGAUCCCUUAGUAACCAGGUACUUUACAUAUGAUUUUGAAGACAUGUCUAUAGAAGAGGAAGAGCUGAUGAUGCAUCAGCCAGAAAAGGCGGUGUAUUUCAUGGCCCACAAUGGCUGGGUGAUGGGUGAUGACCCUUUAAGAAACUUUGCAGAGCCAGGUUCUAAUGUCUACCUAAGAAGAGAAUUAAUUUGUUGGGGUGACAGUGUUAAAUUACGAUAUGGAAAGAAGCCAGAAGAUUGCCCUUACCUUUGGGCUCACAUGCAGAAGUACACAGAAAUAACGGCCAAAAUCUUCCAUGGCGUGCGGUUAGACAACUGCCAUUCAACACCAAUACAUGUUGCUGAGUACAUGCUGGACACUGCUAGAAGACUGAGACCUAAUUUGUAUGUCGUGGCAGAAUUGUUCACUGGAAGUGAAGAGAUGGAUAAUGUCUUUGUGACCAGAUUGGGCAUAAGCUCUUUAAUACGAGAGGCAAUGAGUGCAGGUGACAGCCAUGAAGAAGGGAGGCUGGUUUACCGUUAUGGUGGUGUGCCUGUUGGAUCAUUCGCACAGCUACUUGUAAGGCCUCUGGUACCAAAAAUUGCACAUGCUUUGUUUAUGGAUGUUACUCAUGACAACGAGUCAUUGAUUCAGUGCCGUUCUGCAUUUGAUGCUCUUCCCAGUGCAACCAUUAUUUCAAUGGCUUGCUGUGCCUCAGGAAGUACAAUGGGCUUUGAUCACUUAGUUCCACAUCAGAUAUCUGUGGUUGGGGAAGAGAGGCUCUAUCCCAAGUAUAAUCCUGAUGCUAUUCCAGAAUCUGCAGGGGAGAUCAGUGAAAACUCUGGAAUCAUUGCAGGAAAACAAGCAAUUAACUUUCUUCAUCGUCAACUAGGAGCUCAGUUAUUCAAUCAGGUGUAUGUGGAUCAAGUUGAUGAGGACAUUGUGGCAGUAACACGACAUUGCCCAAAUACCCACCACUCGGUAGUGGCCGUGUCACGUACUGCAUUUAGAGACCCAACAAAAUAUCACUACAAAUCUGACCUACCUUCAAUGUGCAUCCCAGGUAAAAUAGAAGAGAUUGUGUUGGAAGCCAUGACUGUACAAAGGAAAACUGCUCCUUACAAAAAAGAUAAGCAUUUUAUUAAUGGGUUGCCACAAUAUAUGGUGGAUAUCAAGGAACAUUUGCAGUUAAAUGAAAGCAGGAUUAUUAAAGCAAAGGUAACUUCCAAGGAUCGCAGUGACUACGUCUAUGAACUUGCAUUUGAAAAUUUUCCUCCUGGCAGCAUCAUUGUCUUCCGGGUGAGUCUCGAUCCAAAGGCUCAGCAUGCAGUUGGAGUACUUCGCUAUCAUCUUAGCCAGUUUAAUCCAUUUUACAAAGCUGGCAGCAUUGUCGAUAAGAGUGCUCCGCCAGCACUGGCUCAGUCGUUUAUAUCAACCACUACCAAUCUUACAUUGGCUGACCUUAACAUGUUACUGUAUCGAUGUGAUAGUGAGGAACAGGAAGAUGGUGGUGGCUGCUACUUUAUUUCAAAUUUUGGGCAUUUGAAAUAUGCAGGUUUGCAAGGAUUCAUGUCAGUACUCGCAGAUAUUCGACCCAACAAUGACCUAGGGCAUCCUUUGUGUGAAAACCUGCGGGCUGGAGACUGGAUGAUGGACUUCAUAAGUAGUCGUUUGAUCACACAUGGCGGCAGUCUUGCAGUGGUUGGUAAAUGGUUUGAAGCAAUGUUUUCUUACCUCAAAGUCCUUCCCCGUUACCUUAUUCCAUGCUACUUUGAUGCAAUCCUCAUAGGAGCUUACUCAGUUAUCAUGGAUAUAACUUGGGACCGAAUGUCUAGCUUUGUGCAGCAUGGCUCAACAUUUGUGAAGCAACUUGCUAUGGCUUCACUGCAGAUGUGUGGAAUCGGCCGAUUUCCUGUACUUCCACAACUGUCAUCUUCCCUGAAAAAUGUUCCCUAUAGAUCGAAUUAUAUAACUGGUGAGAAGGAACAGUGCUGUGUUUCCUUAGCAGCCGGGCUGCCGCAUUUUGGUUCUGGCUUAUUCCGCUGUUGGGGUAGAGAUACUUUCAUUUCUCUCAGAGGACUACUACUAGUCACAGGACGUACCAUAGAAGCUAGGAAUAUCAUCCUUGCAUUUGCUGGUACUCUACGACAUGGUCUAAUUCCAAAUCUGCUCGGACAUGGAAUAUAUGCACGAUAUAAUUGCAGGGAUGCUGUCUGGUGGUGGCUUCAGUGCAUUCAGGAUUACUGCAAAAUGGUUGAGAAUGGAUUGGAAAUUCUCAAAUGUCCUGUCAGUCGGCUAUAUCCCACUGACCGUUCCCCAGCUCUUGCUCCAGGCUCUGUGGAGCAGCCACUACACGAUGUCAUGCAGGAAGCCAUGCAGCGCCAUAUGGAAGGCGUAGAGUACAGAGAAAGAAAUGCUGGACCUCAUAUGGACACACGCAUGAAAGAUGAAGGUUUCAAUGUUUCUAUAGGGGUCAACCUAGAGACAGGUUUUGUGUUUGGUGGACAUCGGUUCAACUGUGGUACCUGGAUGGAUAACAUGGGAGAAAGUGACAGAGCUCAAAACAGAGGAAUUCCAGCCACCCCAAGAGAUGGAUCUGCUGUUGAAAUUGUUGGCCUUUGCAAAUCAACUGUUCGCUGGCUGAUGACCCUUUCCAAAAAUUCUUUGUUUCCUUACAAUGGAGUCAAGGCUCAGCUGAACGGAAAAGAAAUAUUUAUCACAUAUGAGGAGUGGAACCGUAGAAUACAACAGAACUUCGAAAAGCAUUUUUUUGUUUCUGGGGAUCCAAAUGAUCCCAAUGAAAAAUUUCCUAACCUUGUCCACAAAAAGAGCAUAUAUAAAGACUGUUAUGGAGCUUCCAGUCCAUGGUGUGACUACCAACUGAGACCAAAUUUUCCAGUUGCUAUGGUUGUGGCCCCUGAACUUUUUACACCAGAAAAUGCAUGGAAAGCUCUGAAAGCUAUAGAGGAAAAGCUGCUUGGACCGCUGGGAUUGAAAACUUUAGACCCAGAUGACCUUGUUUACGGUGGUGUCUAUGACAAUUCGAUGGAUUGCGACAACUUCAACAUUGCUAAGGGCUAUAAUUACCAUCAAGGGCCGGAAUGGGUGUGGCCUAUGGGGUAUUUCCUCCGUGCAAAGUUGCACUUUUCAAAAGUAAUGGAAAAGAAAUUGUAUGAAGACACUAUAAUUUUAGUGAAGCACAUCCUUUCCCAUCAUUACGAUCAUUUGUCAAAGUCUCCUUGGAAAGGUCUUCCAGAGCUUACCAAUGAAAAUGGAGGGUACUGUCCGUUUAGCUGUGAAACACAGGCUUGGUCAAUAGCUACUAUUAUAGAAGUUCUGUAUGAGCUCUGAAGUGCAAUAUUUUCCUCUUGCCAACUGCGGUGCAGCAGUUCUACUGAGGGCAGUCUUUGUGUGUGUCUUUCCAGAGUAUUAAAUGCCACUUGCCAUUUAACUGUAUGAGUUUGGUGAUACAAUUAAAAACCUCAUUGACAUUGCUUGAACAGUACAAUGUUGUGACCUUGUAUGUGAUAUGUAAUACACGUGCACUCUUCUGAUAGGAUUCACAUAAAAGGAGCUUCUCAAAUUAAUAUUUUAAUGUGGUUGUGAUAUUAACUGUUAUAAUCUUGUGUGGCUGUUAGCAACCCUAAAGCUAGUUUUAAAUUGAUAAUAGAAUAGAAUCUACAUCUUGAAAGAUAGUUUGGUUAAAAUGCAUGAAAUGCACUAAUCAAAAUUUGAGCCUCAUUGUAACUACCACUAUUAUUUAAUUGGCCAAAGUACAAAGAAUCUGAAUUUACACAUUAUGAAUGGAGUAAAAAAUUACUAUAAUUUUUAAACCACUUUCAGAAUUAAUUCUUGCAGCAAUGGUGAAUGAAUAUGGAAGCAAAACAUUAUCUUGUAUAACACUGUACACCAGCUUAGUUUAAAGCUAAUGGAGUGAAAAUUAUUUUAAGUACUUGCAUGAAAUUUGCACAUUUAAAAUUGUACUAUGCAAGAACUAUUUGUGUGUUCAAAAGAAAGAGAUUUGGAGUCAUAAUAUCUUCAAAGUCUUGAUGGUACAGUUAGUCUUAUAUUAACUGAUUAUUUUAAGGUUGCCAUAGUGUAUAAGUAAAGAACCAAUUAAUAUGCAUGUAUUUUUCUAUCUCACUACGGAAAAAAAAAUUCAAAUGCACAUUAAUGACUGAUCCAUUUCAGCCAAUAAGAUUAUAGCAUUUCCAUCAGGUUUUAAAGUCUGCUGUAAAUGUUUAAUUUGUUGUUCCUCUGUAGAUGUUCUUGCCAAGUGCAAGAAUUGACCAUUUCAAUGCAUUAAACCAGCAGAUUUUAAAUUUGCCUCUCAAUCAAUUAGUACUGUACUGGGCAGAGAAGCUGAUUGAGAUAUUCGGUCUUGUCCUACAGACAAAUAUACAUUUUUAUUCCUAAGUAUAAUCCUCAGCAUUCAGUUUUCAUUUAAUCUUUCCAAAUAUUGAAGAAACUUGACAUGCAUUUAUUUUAAAAUAGUAUUAAGUUUUGUUUGGAAUUGUGGAAAAUUAAGUUUAAAACAACAGCAAUUUGUACAUCUGUUUUGUGUAUUGCAAGGACAGAUAGCUAUGAAUCAGACAUUGACAUUAUUUACUGCUAUGAUUAAACAUAUUAUUGCAUUAAAUCACUC